AUGGUCACAAAUCGUAUCAAAUACAGUAAUGAAUUCAUUAAAUGUUUUAAACCAUAUGAUUUUCAUGCAUCUAAUAAAACUAAGAGAAAACAUCAUGGUGGUUGGCAACGUGCUCUCAAACGGACACCUUUAUAUCGCACAACUAUUCCUGUUAUUGUCAGUUCAAACUGCCGUUCACUUCCCAACAAAAUUAUGCAUCUCCAGUCUCUCUUAUCAUCUGACACUUAUCACAAUACUGCGAUAGUCACAUUACAAGAAACUUGGCUCCAUGAUCUUUAUGACGACAACCUGGUUUCUCUAAAUGGUUUCACAUUGUUUAGACAAGAUCGAAUAUGCUCUAGAAAGAAAAGAGGUGGAGGAGUCGCAACCUUCAUUCAUUCUCAGUGGUCAACUUCAAAUAAUGUAUGUUUUUCUUUCUCUAGUGACUUUAUUGAUUGUAUUACAGUCAAAUGUCGUCCUAAACACUUAUCCAAGUUUAAAUACGUCUUCAUCUCAAACAUUUAUGUUACUCCUGGAUGUUCCGCCUCGGAUAUAUCUCAUUUUGCCGAUGAAUUCACAGCAUUCGCGGUUACACAUCUUGAAAACUCUUUAUCAGUUGUCACUGGAGAUUUCAAUACCUGUGACUGUUCUUUUCUUGAAUCAUUAGGUCAUGUCAACAUUGUCAAAUUUCCAACUCGACUUGAUAAAACUCUGGAUCUAGUAUUUACUAAUGAUGCGGAAAUAUAUGAAGCACGCAGACGUGCUCCUAUAAUGAACUCUGAUCAUUGUAUUAUUCGGAUAUUACCCAAGAUAUAUAGCAGAUAUCACUCUAAUAUCCUCUCGAAUCUCUCCAGGAAAACACAACAAAGAUGUUACUCACAAGAAAACGUGCUCAAACUAAGACUUAUGUUAAAUGACACAAACUGGGAACUUUUCACUGAACACACUCUGGAUGAUACUAUUUCCAAUCUGACUGACUAUCUUAAAUUCUGCCUUGAUGUAUGCUGUCCUAAACAGAUACUUUUCAAAAGAAUAGAUCGUUUCUCUUCUCCUCAUCUCAAAAAGCUUCGGAGAGAAAAAGAGAGACUGUACAAGGCUAAAGAUAAAGCUGGUCUUAGGAGAAUAAACAUGCAAAUCAAAUCCGAAAUCAAGAGGUUAAACAAUAUUUAUAAUCAAAGAAUUUUGUCAUGUAAAACUCCUGGGAACAUGUGGAAGCUUUUCAAAGAAAUUACAGGUUGUGGUAAGCAUAGUUCUUGUUCUCCCUCUAUUGACGUAAAUACUCUUAAUAGAUCUUUUAUCCGCCUUCCCAAUGUACCUUCUAGCUUCAAUGUAACAAAUAACAUGACCAGUGACUUUAAUAGCUUUAAAACUUCUGAUGUUCUUAAAUGUUUAAAAUCUCUUAAACCUUCCCAGAGUCUAGGUCCUGAUGGUAUACCUGCCAUUGUCCUAAAGAAAUGUGCUGAUAUUUUAAGCAACCCACUUACAAACAUUUGUAAUACUUCUUUUUCUAAUAAUGUUGUACCUUCUCUGUGGAAAGAUAUUAAAAUCAUCCCUGUACCUAAGUCAGGCUCUGGUAAUAAUGCUAAGUUCAGACCUAUUGCUAUAACCUCUCCUUUUUUGAAACUAAUGGAGAAACUAUUGUUACUAAAACUUGUUCCCUCCUUAAGCUUCUCAAACGAUCCAAAGCAGUUUGCUUACAAACAGGGUAAAAGUACUUUGGACGCUGCCGCUGUGUUUCAUCACAACAUUGUAUCCUCCUUAGACAAAGGGGCCAAGUUUGUCCGUUGUACGUUCCUUGACUAUACAUCUGCUUUCGACUCUGUACCUAGAGGCCUAUUGUUAAACAAGCUUAGCCUAGCACAAACUGAGCCCUGGGUUAUCAACUGGCUGCACUCUUACUUCUCUAAUAGGAUGCAGUACACGGUAUAUAAUGGUGCAUCUUCCUCUCCAUUGCUUACUGAAGCUGGAGUUCCCCAGGGUGCUGUUCUUUCUCCGUUUCUCUUUUCCUUCUUCUUACAUGAUUUACCUCUCUCAGAUGAAGUCAACUUCGUCAAAUAUGCAGAUGACCUGUCUGUAUCGUUUUCCAUUAAGUCUCAGUCAGACUGUCUCAAAUUAAAUAGCUUCCUGUCGGACAUCAGUGAGUGGUCCAAACUAAAUGGACUCAUGUUGAAUCCCUCAAAAUGCCAGACUGUCGACUUCUCCCUUAGGCAUAAACGGGAUCUACAAACACUAGUAAGUUCUCAUGAAGACUGUUGCAUUGAGGGGACAAAAAUUGAAACUAAGUCUAAUGCAAAAUACCUCGGUCUAGUUAUAUCUUCUGACCUUACUUGGACAUCUCAUAUCCUAAUGAUUUCUAGGAAAGUGUUCUGUCUUACCUACUACAUUAGGAAACUUAGACAAUCCGGAAUCACCCAACCUCUACUUUCACAAUUUGUCAACUCUUGUAUCCUACCUAUUUUACUUUACUGCUCCCCGUUAGUCUUUCCUGGUCUACUGAAAAAGGACUAUUCCAUCCUGAGAAGGAUGUUGACAGUAGUUAGUAGGACUAGUGGUGUUAAUCUCAGCCAGCUCGUGACUACCUUAGUUGAUAGGCAUCUGAAUACAUGUGAAAAAUGGUCUAAAACCAUACUCUCAAACCCCCAACACCCCCUCUAUUCCCAACUCUCGCCUUGUAUCUCAUCAAGUAA